AUAUAUAAGCAAAACCUCGGCGUAAAAUUCCCUAGUUGUGUCACUAUUACCCUGUUUUAAGAGCCAAAGAGGGCAAUAAAAUAGAACCUUUUUAUUGAUUAGGUUUUCCUCGAUCAAUCAAUAGAUCGAUCAACCACACAAUAACAAAUCUUUGAGGUAAUAUAGCUUGAGUUUUAACAUAAUGACGAUGACUUUUGGUGAUGGUCAAGAAACUGACAAGAACAUUGAGAUAUGGAAGAUCAAGAAGCUGAUCAAAGCAUUGGAAGCUGCAAGAGGAAAUGGUACCAGCAUGAUAUCGUUGAUCAUUCCUCCUCGUGAUCAAAUAUCUCGAGUGACCAAAAUGCUUGGUGAUGAGUUUGGAACUGCAUCUAAUAUCAAAAGCAGGGUUAAUCGUCAAUCUGUACUUGGUGCCAUCACAUCUGCUCAGCAAAGGCUGAAGCUUUAUAACAAGGUGCCUCCUAGUGGACUUGUUCUUUACACAGGUACAAUUAUGACUGACGAUGGGAAGGAAAAGAAAGUUACCAUUGAUUUUGAGCCUUUCAAGCCUAUCAAUGCAUCUCUGUACCUUUGUGACAAUAAGUUUCACACUGAAGCUCUCAAUGAACUGCUAGAAUCUGAUGAUAAAUUUGGUUUUAUUGUGAUGGAUGGGAAUGGAACUCUUUUUGGGACCCUUAGUGGCAACACUAGAGAAGUGCUUCACAAAUUUAGUGUUGACCUGCCGAAGAAACAUGGGCGAGGUGGUCAGUCUGCGCUGCGGUUUGCACGUCUUCGAAUGGAGAAGCGCCAUAACUACGUGAGGAAGACGGCAGAGCUUGCAACACAGUUUUACAUUAAUCCACAAACUAGCCAGCCUAAUGUUUCUGGGCUUAUACUUGCUGGGUCAGCGGAUUUCAAGACUGAGCUCAGUCAGUCAGACAUGUUUGAUCCUCGCCUCGGGGUAAAGAUACUGAAUGUAGUAGAUGUUUCUUAUGGUGGGGAAAGUGGUUUCAAUCAGGCAAUUGAACUAUCUGCUGAAAACUUGGCGAAUGUGAAGUUUAUCCAAGAGAAGAAGUUGAUUGGGAAGUACUUUGAGGAAAUUAGUCAGGAUACAGGAAAAUACGUGUUUGGAGUGGAUGAUACGCUGAAAGCUUUGGAGAUGGGUGCAGUAGAGACGUUGAUUGUUUGGGAGAAUUUGGAUAUUAUGAGAUUUGUGCUGAAAAAUAGUACCACUGGGGAGGUUAUAAUCAAACACUUGAACAAGGAGCAGGAGGCCAAUCAAAGCAACUUCAGGGACACAGAAGCUGGGGCAGAUCUGGAGGUUCAGGAUCAGAUGCCAUUGUUGGAGUGGUUUGCUAAUGAGUAUAAGCUAUUCGGUUGCUCUCUUGAAUUUGUAACCAAUAAAUCACAAGAAGGGUCACAGUUCUGCCGUGGCUUUGGUGGGAUAGGUGGAAUCCUUCGCUAUCAGGUGGACAUGCGAUCCUUUGAUGACUAUUCUGAUGAUGGUGAAGUCUAUGAGGAUUCUGACUAGCAAUCAACCUCCGUCUAUUUAUUACCAGUGGGAGGGGCGGCACCCCUAUCCUGCACUGGUGAACGAGCUGUCGUGGUCAGUUCGACAGCUGCUGCUGGGUCAACAUGCCACCACAUGUCAAAAUUACUAAAUGAGCAAUUCGUUCCAGGUGAAAAUGCAGGUGGUGCUGAUAAGCUACUUCCAACCUGUGAUGGAAACUAAGAAAGCAGAACUUCAAGUAUUCUGAUGCUGUAAAUUUUCUGUGAGGUGGGAAAAUCAAACUGGUGCAUUAGAUCAGUUCUUUAUUAAGAAGUGGAACACUUUUGGUGCUGUAAAUUCUCUACGGUGCUGGUUGAAGGCUUUCUGCGUAGGUCUAUGGUUUAGGGCUUCAGAUAAUAAGCCCUUUGAAGGCCUGGUCGUUGUCAUCAAAGUUCCUUUGUGGAAGGUGGUAUUACUGUAUUAGACUAUAGUCAAAUUGAUGCUACUGUGUUAUAUUUAAUGCUUAGCAUGAAUUUCUCUAGUUGUGUGACUUGUGAAUGUUGUGCAAGGAUGGUUCCUAGACAGGCAGAGAGCAUGGGCUCUAUGCUACUGUUGGUUUGAAUAAAAUUUCUCUGGACUUUGGUUA